AUGCCCGACUCGAUGGACGCUCCGUUAAUGGCCGGUCGCCAGGACCGGGACGACGAGUUGGACUACCGCGAUGCGGACGAGGAAGCCGAUGUGCUGCCCGCGUCGAUGAAGCAUUCGAAGCAAUCAGCGCCAAGUCUCUUUGUUUGGCUUCUUACCUUUGCCGCCGGCAUCAGCGACGACACGGGCGUAAUAUCAGCGACUCUCGUCAAGAUCGACACCUCACUUUCCGACCGAGUCCUCACGACGUUCGACAAGUCCAUCAUCACAUCGAGCACCGCGCUCUUUGCCCUUCUUGUGUCUCCCUUUUCCUCCAUUGUCGCCGAUGCGCUGGGCCGUAAGCGCGUUAUCCUCGUGGCCGAUAUCCUUUUCAUUGUCGGCGCGUUGAUGCAAGCAUGGGCAGGUACGGUCACGUCGAUGGUGAUAGGCCGAUCGAUAGUCGGCGCGGCUGUUGGAGCUGCCAGUUUCGUCGUCCCUCUUUAUAUUGCCGAGCUGGCCCCCGCCAGCCACCGUGGGCGGUUAGUGACGAUGAACGUUCUGUUUAUUACGCUGGGCCAGGUCGUCGCGUACAUCAUCGGCUGGGCUUUUGCAGAGUACGGUGACCAGUCUACGGGGUGGCGAUGGAUGGUUGGCCUUGGAGCUCUUCCUGCCGCCCUGCAAUGCUCAAUCCUCGUGCUGAUGCCCGAGUCACCGCGCUGGCUCGUCAUGGUGGGCCAGUCGCUGAAGGCGAAGAAGGUUGUCGAGAAGGUGCUCGGCAACACCGUGGGCGGCAUGAGGAAUGCCGACGCCGUCAUCAAGGAGAUUGAAAUCGAGAUCAGAGAGGAGAGAGAAGUUAUGAGGCGAGAGGGAACCCCGCGCAUGGAGUGGUGGGGUGGCUGGCAAGAACUGUUCUCGGUCGGAAGAAACAAGCGCGCGCUGGUCAUCACAUGCCUGCUCCAGGGACUCCAGCAGCUUUGCGGCUUCAACUCGCUCAUGUACUUCUCAGCGACCAUCUUCCAGAUGGUAGGAUUCGGCACACCCACACUCGCCGCCAUGAGCGUCGCCGUUACCAACUUCAUCUUUACAGUGGCGGCGCUGUGUCUCAUCGACCGUAUCGGACGGCGCAAGAUCUUGCUCUACUCACUACCGUUCAUGAUUGCGGGUCUAAUGCUGGCGGCAUACGGAUUCUCUUUCAUCAACCUGCGGCCCGAAACGACGGCAGCCAGCGAGGGUGGCACGGGUGAGGGAGCGGGCACAGACAGAGGAGCGGCCGUGGUGAUUCUUAUCAGUAUCAUGGGGUACGUUGCCGCAUACGCCCUCGGGCUCGGCAACGUUCCAUGGAUGCAGAGCGAGCUGUUCCCGUUGGCGGUGCGAUCAAUUGGCAGUGGCGUGUCAACUGCGACGAACUGGGGUGCCAACUUCGUCGUCGGCUUGACAUUCCUCCCGCUCAUAGACGCGUUGAGUCCUUCAUGGACGUUUGUGCUUUAUGCCUUGGUGUGUAUGAUUGGAUACGGACUGAUCUGGCGUAUCUACCCCGAGACGUCCGGGUUGAGCCUGGAGGAAGCGACGAACUUGUUAGAAAACGGAUGGGGGGUCCGACGUUGA